GAUCGUCGUCACCACCACCACCACCACCACCACCAUCAUCACCGUCAUCAUCAAUAUAUCUCCAUCGCCAUCCCUUUUCCUCACUCUAUCAACCUACACUCUCAUCGUCUGCACUCCACUCUUUGCCCUGUUUUAUCGUCGAAAUCAAUAUAUCGUGUAUUGCCUAGCACACCUCGGUAACUCUCUCGACCGUACCAGUCUAGUUGGUUCCCAGACCGAUCAUGUUCGAUACAUUCGCAAGGCUCUUAUCUUCCAUUCCGACAUUUCUUUUCCCAGUUUUUGCAUCCUACAAGGCUCUCAAGACCUCGGAUCCGGCAUUAUUGACGCCAUGGCUUAUGUACUGGGUGGUACUUGCGAUCGCUUUGUUCGCUGAAUCUUGGGUUGGCUUUAUACUAGUUUGGAUACCUUUCUAUGCGUGGUUUCGGCUCGGUUUCCUUCUCUACCUUAUCCUCCCUCAAACCCAAGGCGCAAGAGUCCUCUACCAAACACAUGUUCACCCAUGGCUUCACAACAACGAGCUCGCUAUCGAUGAUUUCAUAGCUUCUUCUCAUGAACGUGCGAAAGCUGCUGGCAUGACAUAUCUCAAACAAGCUAUAGAAUUGAUUAGGCAGCAGGUCUUUGGUCUCCCACCCAAAGAGCCCACACCACCAUCAACCCCUUCAGCCUAUUCAUAUACACAAAACCUCAUGGCACGCUUCAAUCUCCCAUCUGCUAGAUCCUCGUUCCCAUUACAUUCUGUCGGAGGUGCUGCUAGCAGUGCGACAGACUUUUAUUCGCUCCUUGCCUCAGCAGUUUCCGCUGCUACUUCCUCCAACACUGCUACCGGUGGAUCAGAUGCUCGAGAUCUUUCGAACAGUGGAAUGUUGAUACCUCCUCAUGUAUCUGGUAUUGAACGUAUAACUUUCAUUCAAGCACAGCGCGAACGCCUUUCCAUCCUUCUUUCGGCUUUGGACAAGGAAGCGCAAACAUUACAGAAUGAAAAACGUGUCCCCAGAAACAUUUCCAGUAUGUCAUUUGAUGGAACAAGCAGCGAAGAUGAUAACCUCGAUCGACCCAAGAGCUCCAUGAGCGGAAUGACCUCAAGAAAGAGUGAGCCUGAUUUUGAAAAAAUCGAUGCAGAUAGUGGGACGGAAGAAGUCGGCAAAGCAAGAAAAAUGAUGGAGAGGACGUCAUCCAGUGGUAAUUGGAUGCCAUGGGGUUGGGGUGCAAAACCAGGAGACUCAACUGACAAGUCCGAGGAUAAAGGGAAGAGUUCGGGUAUUGAUGCAUAGCCAGUUCAGUGACUCGGUAUCCGGUGUUUUUAAACAUAAAUUUGAAGGACUGUUUCAACGGGUUUGAAGCAUUGAGAUAAACGCAUAUUCUAUGGAAUGGGUUGGGACAACGGGAGAAUAGGAGCAGUCGGUAUUGUCUUUCCAGAUUGGCGCUGAUAUGAAUAAAGGGUUAUGGUACAAAUCGGAAACUGCCAGCAUUUUGAUACUUCUAUAAAUCCAGGUUGAUGAGAGUUAUUCCUCGCAACAAACAAAUCUUUAUGGUCAAUGAGGCUUAUCUUGAGGCUUUUGCCCCUAGAGAACAUCUUUCUGGGUCCUUCUGCAAUUAUUUGUUUGAGUGAGCCACUGUUCAAGAUGGAAUAUACGUAUGAAACCUAUGUUCUUCACUCAUAGCUAACCAUAAACACAUUUGCGUAAAAAAACGGAUUGGCGAAUAUAGAAUUCUAACCAAAUGACGAAGUGAAUUUACUACA